AUGGCUGCCAAAUUCUCUCUCCAAGCUGCCGAGGACUUCCUCUCCUUCGUGAACGCCUCCCCUACUCCAUUCCAUGCUGUCAAGUCAGCUAAGGAACGUCUGGAGAAGGCUGGCUUUAAGCAGAUCAAGGAACGAGACUCUUGGGCACCGACCAUCCAGCCCGGGGGCAAGUACUAUCUCACACGAAACGGCUCAUCUAUCGUCGCCUUCGCAAUUGGCAAGCAAUGGAAGGCUGGCAACCCCAUUGGCAUGAUUGGUGCGCACACUGAUUCGCCGUGCCUGCGCAUCAAGCCUGUAUCGAAGCGCCAGAGCGAUGGUUUCCUCCAAGUCGCGUGUGAGACGUACGGUGGUGGUCUAUGGCACACCUGGUUCGACCGUGACCUCAGUAUCGCUGGCCGGGCCAUGGUGCGAACAAAGGACGGCAAGAUCGAGCAGCGUCUUGUGAAGGUCGAGCGCCCUAUCCUUCGAAUCCCCACCCUCGCUAUCCACCUCGACCGUCAAGAGAACUUCCAGUUCAACAAGGAGACUCAGCUGUUCCCCAUCGCUGGGCUAGUGCAGGCUGAGCUGAACAGGCAGGGCAAGACUGAAGAGAGCAAAGACGACGACAAGAAGGAUAGCACAUUCGAGCCACUCGCAACCCCAUACCAGAGGCACCACUCAUACAUUGUCGAGAUCAUCGCAGAGGAGGCAGGUGCCGAUCCGAAUGAUGUUCUGGACUUCGAGAUCGUGCUCUACGAUACUCAGAAGUCGGUUAUUGGUGGUCUCAACAACGAGCUCAUCUUCUCACCACGACUGGACAACCUCAUGAUGUCGUACUGCAGUGUCGAGGGGUUGAUAAAGAGUCUUUCAUCUUCUUCAAGCCUCGAUAAAGACUCGACAAUCCGUCUGAUUGCUUUGUUCGACCACGAGGAGAUUGGCUCGCAGACAGCACAAGGAGCGGACUCCAACCUGCUUCCUGCUGUCAUUCGCCGUCUGUCGGUCCUGCCUGGGUCUGAGUCAAGCAACUCAGACAAGUCCUACGAUAAAAUCGAGGCUGACACAGCCACUGCUUACGAGCAGACACUAUCCACCUCUUUCCUCAUCUCAGCAGAUAUGGCUCACUCAGUCCAUCCCAACUACCCAGCCAAAUACGAGGCGCAGCACAGGCCUGAGAUGAACAAGGGCACAGUCAUCAAGGUCAAUGCCAAUGCUCGUUAUGCCACAAACUCGCCAGGUGUCGUCCUGCUGCAAGAGGCCGCUCGCCGUGCGAAACCAGCAUCGUCAGGCCUCAGCAAGCAAGGUGUACCGCUCCAGCUCUUUGUUGUCCGUAACGACUCGUCUUGCGGUAGCACGAUUGGUCCUAUGCUGUCAGCAGCUAUGGGCGCUCGAACACUCGACCUAGGUAACCCUCAGCUCAGCAUGCACAGUAUUCGUGAGACUGGCGGUGCGCACGAUGUCGAGCAUGCUGUCAACCUAUUUGACAGUUUCUUUGAGAACUUUGAGGAGUUGGAGAAAAACAUCGUGGUUGAUUGA